UAUUUGAUUCAACUCGGUUAUCCACGCGCAGUCUCAGUGUGAACUUGGUGCCAAACGCCCGUUAAACGAGUGUGAACAAAACUUUGAAGAGCGUGUUCAAAUUUUAAAAUAAAACACAAUGUCUAUCAGCAGAUUGUCUAUCGUCAAAUUUUUGGAGCUGGCGCUGACAUGUUCGUGCGUGGCUCUUCACUACCACAGCUAUAAUUGGGAGGCUGACAUCGGUAUGCUGGUCACUGGCACGUUCGUCGGAUACCUCAUCAUCUUUGCCGGUGCCGCUGCUGGCUACGUUAUGCAGACACCAUCACACAAACGGAUCGACAUAUUCUAUUCCUUGGUUGGAGUGGCCCUAUUUGUCGCAAGUGGUGCUGUUAUUAUUGAUAAAUACCAGCAUGCGUCGAAGAACGACAUAACAAACAAGAAUCUCGCCAAGGCGUCCCUCGCUAUUAUCAAUGGGGCCAUUUUACUCAUUGAUGCUGUAUUGACACAGCGUGGUGGUUAAACACCUGAAAAAUAUUUUCUAUUUAAUAAAACAUAGUAGCAAAUAAAAAGUCUUUGGCUAAUCACAAUUCAUUUUGAAUUAUGUGUUUUUAAUUCUAUGUAAUAAUUGAAAUCAUUUCUUAUAUUAGGAACGUGGCAUGAUACCGAAAUAAGCAGAUACAGGUAUAAAUGAUUCCUUAAAAUUGGGAAAAGAAAAGAUUCUUCUAAUGUGAUGUCGAAGAUUUUUUAUUUGGCCUCAUUUUUUUUUCUUCGUUUGCUUCUUAUUAGACAUACGAUAAUGUGUAUAAUAAACAAACAUCCUUUAAAAAUGUCAUAUUUUCGCUAUUCAUUUAUACACAAAUAAUGGCUAACACGUUUUGUUCCAUGUGGUAAUGUUUAGAAUGCUAGUUUGUAGUCAAUCUCUUGAUUUUCAGCAUGUAAACGAAAAAGGGAACAUAGUGCCUAAAACAAAGUAUAAAUAUAACAAUAUAAUAGUUAUGUAUAUCUACCAUGAAAUGUCUAUUAGAUAUAUUUUUUCACACAGUGUGACUAGACUGAGGUAUGAUCGACAGAAUGUCUCGAUAUCGUAUCGAUGUCAUACAGACUGUUAAAAGAAAUGUAAAUGUUAUUUGAAUAAUUAAAAUAAAUUGGAAAAUCACUCAAAAGAAUACUGAAAACAUAUUACUAUUAACAUGUUACAAUAAUUAUUACGAAAUUAAGUAUAAUGCGCAAAUAUAUGUUUCUAAUCUCUGUAUUUACAUUUACUGGAAUUUAUUUGAAAUAAACUGUGCAGAAAUGAAUUUCCAACAUUUUAUUUUUGUUACUUUUAUUUACUUACAAUACUUAUACUUUAUCUAAAUAUUUUUUCUUUUACAACUCGGAAACCUCUAAGAGUACAAAAACUCAAAUAAAUAUUUUUUUUAAUGUGUAAUUAGUGUAAGUUGAAUGAUCAAAGUCUUUUUAUUUUCACUACUGUCACAGGUAUGAAUUAAAACCUGUCUUUUAAUUGUUAUUUUAUAGAUGUAGACUUUAAAAAUAGAAUUUUCAUUCGAAAUUAGAUUGUAGUAAGUUGUACUAAAUUGGAUUAUUUCUAAUCCAUGAGUAAUUUGACUAUAGACGAAUGUUAUCGUGUUGAACCAUUAUAUUUUUAGACCAAUUCAUUGUAACACAAUUCUGUUAAAUUGGUUUUAAGUAUAAAUGGAAACUAGUAUAACAUAUUGACAAGUACCUGUUUAUAAAAAUGUUCGUUCACAUUAAUAUUAUAACUUAUUAUCACGAGAACAGCUAUCCCUACAGAUUUCAAACUACAUAUAUACGGCUUAAUAUAGAUAAACUUGCAAGCAUUCGCGCAACUUUUUAUACUGACAAAUAUGCAUCUGCUACGUAUUGUCAAGAAAAGUGCCAAAAAUCGAAAGAGCUUUGUAACUAUUUGUGAGUGAACUGACAGCAGCUGCUUGUAUAUAGAUUGGGCUCUGUAGGAACACUUACUCGUAUAGUAAUUACCUUGUUAUUUUGUAUGUCACCUGAAACGCUUUAAACGAAUACCUAAGCUACUUAGUUACGUUCCAUAAGUUAUUACAAGUGUACUAUUAUAUAGAUAUAUACAAAAAUGUGCUAUUUAAACUAAUUUUACCUAAAGAUAAUAGUUUCUAUAACGUUCUUUUUCUAUGUAAAACGUUAUUAACGGGUUAGAUUGUAAAAUGUAAAUUUUAUAAGAACUUUUGCAUUUUGUCGUCUGAUUUAUUCUAUAUACAUGCAGUACAACUAUUUAAUACGAUUAAAUAUUUAAUAAUUUCUAUAAA